UUGUUAAUAUAAAUUACAUAACAUCUGUUUAGGGUAAAAAUAAUUUAUUUUGCUUCGAUCUAUGUCUAGAUAAUGCAUAAAGUUCAUAAUUAAUCAGUUGUAGUAACGUUUGGAUUCUGUGAUUGCUAAUUCUUGUAAUGAUUUACUUGUUGUGGUGAUUGGGAAUUCGUACUUAAGCUUUUAAGGCAUUACUCAUAGGCAGGGUGCAAUAUUUGGCUGAAAGAUAUAUAGUUAAUACCACAAGUGGGGUCUCGGGGGAUGGGGUAGGAUGCAUAUAAACUUAACCCUUAUUCUUGUGGGGUAGAGAGGUUGUUUCCGAUAGAUACUUGGUUUAAAAAUAAUGUAAUCAAAGCAGGAUUGAAAGGAAAUUGACGGCCAAAAAAAAUAGCUAGAUGAACAAUGCAAAUUAAGAAUAUGUAGUAGUGAAAAUUGAAGAAUAAGAUAUGAUACAAAUACUAAGAGGAGACUUGCCCCCUGCCUCUCCCACAUAACAGUGCAACAGCACUAGGCUACCUAUUACCCUUGUCCUUGAUCCCAUACUUCCUAUUUGGAAGUAAUUUGUGUGAUGUGCAGAAUCCCUAUUUACUAAUGUUAUGAGAAUCAAUACGCAUUCUUUUCUUUGACUUUAGAAUUGCUUCUUUGUCGUGAUAGAUGGAUUAUAACUUGAAGGAUUAAUAUAUUCAUUGAUAACUUUGAGACUGUGUUGUGAAAAGCGCAGAAAAGCGCGUUUAAAGCGCGCUUCAAAGCGAGGCGACCCUUGUGCGCUUUAUUAUCUUGAGGCGAGGCGAUCUGAAAAAAGCUCUCGCUUCAGACGAAGAAGCGAGAAGCGACCCUAAGGCAAAAGCGCAAUAAUGCGCGCUUUUUAUUAAAAAAGUGACAAUUAGUUUUUUUUAAAAAAAAAAAUUAGGUUUUUUUUUUAAAAAUAAUCUGAAAUAUAACCUUCUCUCUCCUCACGACUCUUCUUUCACGACUUUUCCCUUCUUUCUCUCCUCGCGGCUCUUCUUUCACAAUACUUCUUUCCCUUCUUUCUCUCCUGACGAUCUCGACUGAGGCUGCCUCUCUCUUCAACCUCGACCGCGACUGCAGAUUUUAGCUGCUCUCUUUAAUUGAUGGCCGUUUGUUCUGCUAAUUACAAGUGUGACUCUGAAAGUUUAAGUUGCUUUUGUGAGUCAUCAAAGGAGACUCUUGGUUGCGCUUCUUGCAAUCCAGGAGGUCCUUUUGUUAGUGAUCUUGGGUACCAUUUCACUGAAUCUCUGAGUAUUAAGGAUGGUGAAGACUUGAUUUACAAGGAACAUUCCAACACAUUGGAGGAAGAUGGAAGUGAAGAUAUGCAUGCAAAUGAUGCUGACACUGGCAGUACGGACUCAGAAAAAUGCUUGAUCAAGUCCUCAGAAUUUCCAGGCUCUUCUAUUAGCACUCCCCCUGCUGAGUUGGUUCAUGAGAGGAAGGAGCAGGAGGCUGAUUCUAAAUCAACUGACUUGCCUUAUUCACGUUCCAUAUCUUCACCUACAGCUUUGAAGCUUGUAUCUGCCAUUAAAGGUAGCCGUGAGAAACAAGGCAAGCCACCCAAGAAGCUGUCUGUGACAUGGGCUCCCGAUGUGUAUGACCCUAUCCCGACAGCAGCUUCGCACGUGCCAAUCAAGGGGCAACGCCACAGGAGUGACCACAGGAAGAAUGGAAAGAACAAGCAGAAAAGUAAUGGCAAAUCUUCACGUGGAAGCAAAGGUAAAGACAAGAAACAAGGUCGCAAACAUGGUGGAAGUACCAGGAGGAGUUAUUAUCCUCUAGAGGAUAAGGACAUAAUGACUUGUAAUAGCUUUCACUGUCUGGAGGAUGAAAUUACUGCUCAUUCUAGUGGGCUGCAGGCUGGUGCCAUGGAUUAUGAUAUUGGCAGCCCCCCGGAUUCAUUCUGCGGUAGCAGUUUCCGAAAGAAAUCUGUCACAGAGUUGCAUUUCCCAGUUGCAAAGGCUUCAUGAGCUUCCUUUCUGAUCGUUGGUGUGUUUUCUGUAAAUAAAUAAGUUUGACGCUUAUCUGAGUUGUGGGAGUUGUUAUAGAGUUGUUGGCAUUUUUGUACUUAAAAAACCUUAUUAACUUUUGACCUGUUGAAUGGACGGAUGACUUUUUGCAUUGC